AUGCUUCUUUGGGUUAGCUGCAUCUCGGUGGCUGCUGAUGAAGCCGGUAUCUGCAGGAUGGUGAGGUUCAACAAGCUGCUGUCCGCCGUGAUGUCCAUUCGUUUUCCGGGCUGGGCAAACAUGACUGGUUGUGGCAAAAAAUGCGGAACACGUGGUGCCCUGGUCUUUCUGAUACACUACUUCCCAGAUGACAAGAGGGAGUUACGCAGACUGCCCAGAGCCUGCGCCAGGCGACUAGACGCAGUCUUUCACUUGGUAGAUGCGCUGGCGAAAUUGGAUCGCAGUUUGGAUGCGGAGCUGGUCCGCAUCCAACAGGAUUUUGCUGAGGAAGACUUGAAUGGCUACACGAUCUUGCAGGCGCUGUCCCCCGAAAACAAGAAGGCUUUGGUUGAGAAGUGCGCGCCUGUAGCAUUGCUGAAUCAAGCGAUGGGGGCCUUGUGUGGCAUGGCCGUAGGCGAUGCUUUGGGGCAUCCGUUUGAGUACAUAACAGUGACGGACACGCCGGGCACCUCUUAUUUCGAUCUCGCAACUCUGGAAUUUCACGGGGAGUUCAAUAAAUUUGGAUGUAAGCGGGGCCAGUGGACUGACGAUGCAUCAAUGGGUCUGUGCAUGGCAGACUCCUUCAUCAUGCGCCAAGCAUUUGAUGGAAGUGACCUGCGCCGUCGUUUUUGGUGUUGGUGGUUCCGGGGCUACAACAAUGCCUUCCGGAAAGAUCUGGAGCGGGAGUCAAGAAAAUCAAUCGGCUUGGGCGGUAACACUCAGAAAUCUUUGGAGCCACUGGUUGACUGCUCGGAUGCAGGUGUUCCUCCCGAGUAUGAGUCAGCCAGCGAGGACGCCGGCAACGGCAGUUUGAUGCGGUUGGCGGCUGUCCCGAUCUUUUUCCACACUCUGCCACUUGAGGAGCUGUAUAGCCUGGCCCGGAAGUCUUCACUAACAACUCAUCCGGGAUUUGUUGCGGCAGAAGCUUGUGCUUUCCUUGCGCACCUUGUACGGCAAGCAAUGCGCCUCCCUCCGGGGUCGGUGACAGCAAAAGAAUUCUUGGAUAGCGCUUCUGAGGAAUUCUAUGCAACAUCCGGCUUGGCAACCCAGAGCGGCCCUGGCUUCGAUGAGAUGCAGUGGCUGGUUUCUUCUAAACCCACUCGUGACACUGAGCGCUGCUGGAACUGGAAGAAUGCCACCCUGGAUAUUGCUGGCACUUUAGCUGCCCGCGGAUGGAGCUACAACGGCUACCCAGUGUCUGCCGACUACUUUGGCUCCUACUCGUUGGAUGGCCUUGCCGGCGCGCUCUGGGCAAUGUACCACACGAGGUCUUUCGAUGAAGCUUUAUCGCGAGCGGUAAAUCUCAAUGGUGAUGCAGACAGCUUUGGCUCUAUUACAGGCCAGAUCGCAGGUGCAUUCUAUGGCUACUCCGCAAUCAACAGGCAGUUUGUGGAAUGGCUUUGCAGGUCCGGAAGCUCCAUGUGA